GCCAGGCCAACAACCUGGGAUGAGAAUACAGCGCCCAGCACCCACCUCCUGCAGGAGCUUAGUCAGGGGACACAGAACCACAGUCCCAGAGCUACUUUUCUGAGGUUUGUGGGGCAAGGCUGGGGACAGGACCUGGUCAGCUCCCAGAAGAGUGGGCGGCUCUUCCUUCCCAGGAACCCCUUCCUCCAUUACUUGGGCCCCAGCUUGGCAUUUUGCUUACAGAUUUUUCAGACAGGCGUCUAAGAGCCCAGAGCAAUCGGUUAUCUGCAAGUGUGGAUGGCUGUGUAUUCACAUAUCUUGCAUAAGGACAGACUUUUUACAACAGGACUGUCUGGCCUGGAGGCCCUGAGCUAAGAGGGGAUCAACUUCUGGACAUUUCAUUAAGCCCCCAAUGGCUACCUUUCCCCCACUUCCCAUGAAUCGUACAAGGCUUGCGAUCUUAGCCAGGCAGAAGUUACCAUGCUCUUCAAAAAAAACCCCAAGGGCCCAGUUGAUCAAAGAGAAAGAGGACAUAGAUUAUUACCUGGAGCAGAAUUUCAAAGGGCUGUCGAAAGAAGAGGUGGCUGCCCACAGGAAUUCAUACAAGAAGAGCAUCUGUGUGGACAUGCUGCGAGAUGGAUUCCACAAGUCCUUUACCGAGCUCUUUGCACUGAUGGGACAGUGGGAUAAGCUUCGGGAAGCUGCGAAGGCACGGUCCCUCUUCUGGCAGCAGAGGCCUCUGGAGGAGCAGCCGGACAAGCUUGACAAUUUCUAUCACUACCUGACCAGAGCUGAGGCUGCGGAGAGAAAAGGAUACUAUGAAGAGGUAUAUAACAACCUGUAUGCUCUGGCCUGUUAUUUCGAUAAUUCUGAAGACAAGUGGGUGAGGAAUCACUUCUACAAACGGUGUUUUAAUAUUGCUCAGCUGAUCAAAGCUGAUGGCGGGAAGAAAGAGGCAGAGGCGGAGGAACACAUGGGCCUUCUUUUCGAGGAAGAGGGUGAGCUUCUGAAAGCUGCAGAGCACUAUGAAGCAUUCCAUGAACUGACACAGGGACGGCUCUGGAAGGAUGACACGGGUCAGCUUCUCAACUUGGUGGCCUGUGAAAGUCUCGUGAGAACCUACAGACUGCUCUCAGACAGGAUGCUGGAAAACAAGGACUACAAACAGGCCAUCAAAAUCCUAAUAAAAGCUUCUGAAAUAGCCAGAGAAGGCAAUGACAGAAGCAUGGAAGGGGAAGCUUCUUACUACCUGGGUGUGGCCCACUUGGCUUCUGGAGACUAUGAAGUCGCACUAACAGUGCUGAAUAGGUACAGUGAGAUCGCCUCAAGUCUGGAUGAUGAUCAUAGCCUGGGGAGAGCCUACAAGGCGAUCGCCAAGGUCCUGCAGAGCCAAGGGGAGACAGCAGAAGCAAUUAAAUACCUGGAGAAGUUCGUGAUAAUUGCAAGAAACAACUUUCAAAACCUCGAUAUGAUUCGAGCUUGCAUGAUGCUUGGCGACAUCUACAAUGAAAAGGGGCAAUACAGCAAGGCUUCCGAGUACUUCCAACAAGCUUUCAGCACCGCGAUGGAGCUCAUGCAAACAGCGCUCAUGGAUGAAACCAAAGCCCACUAUGGGAUAGCCAGAGCGCACCAGAUGAUGCUGACGAUGAAGAGUUACAUCGAAUCUGCCGACUCGAAUGGCCUCAACUGCCUGCUGUCCUGGAAGGAGACUAGAACUCAAAUAAAGUACGACCCGAUUCUGGGAGAGUCUAGAAGAGCCACAGAAGAUGACAUAUAUCAACUCCCAGAUGUUCAGGAAGAAUCAAGAAGGUCUCCAGAAAAUCAAUAACAUGAAACUGAAGUGGCUCAACGUCAUAGCUGGAAGAAACUUAGCACAUAGCUUUAAACCUCAUUAGACAGGAGCAUGUAACAAGUGAUAGGGAGUUGUAAAAAGAAGAUUACAGUUGUCUUUAUUGAAUUUUGUGCUGCCGUGACUAUGGCAAGCUUAUGAAGAUGAAGUACAGUUUAGAUGGUUAGAACACUCAACACUUACUCAUAAGAUAUACUCUAGACUGUCUCCUCCUACACGCUACUCCACAAGAACUCGGGACACCCAGGAGUUUUAAUCUGAAUUGUUUCUGAUUGCAAAAUGUUUACGAGUUAAAGAAAUCUUUCACACUGAAUAAAUGCAUGAUAAUCUGCUAAUAUCCCAGGGAAACUUCAGCAGACACAAAGGGCAAUGAGCAGUCUGUGCUUGUAUUGCUAAGCACUGCUAAAUGUGCUUUAUGUGUAGAAACUUAAAUUCAUGGCAUGCUUAGCUGACAGGACACAACCUAACAUACCCACGUGCCUUGAGACAGGUGGGAAAUCCUUCGGUCUCAGGAAUCUUUGCUGGUGUGCUUGCAACUGAAAGACUAUAGCUUACCUCUGGAGCUCCUCGGGUGAACCAUGAGGAUAGUACAUUACCAAGAAUAAAAACGUUCUUCCUUUUCAACGCA